AUGGAGAAACUUGAUGCGCCCAAAGACCGACUGGGCGGCAACGGCAAAGCCGACGAACCGGCUAUGCCACGAGAAAUGCUACAAAAGAGGCCAUGGAAACUGUUGGAAGGGAAGGGUGAAUACGAAUCAAUCCUUAGAAACAACUUGUUGGAAUCACUCAAGGGAGCCAUACAACUGAAGCGACGUUCGAAGUACAUCAAGGAAGAAAUAGCCAAGAAACGAUCAAGGCGCUCCGCCGCCGUCAAGCGUGCUUUAAUGGCCGCCAGAAGAGACUCCAACAAUAUCCGUGAGUCGGCAUCCAGUUUGGGGUUGGAGGAUCUCUGGACCUGUCUAGACCGUGAAAUUGGAACGGGAAUCAAAACCCUAAAAAGGAGACUGGAAACCCUUUUGGAGCUACAACCAAAUCGCAUGCUUCAUGCGCCAGUUCAUACGUCUGGGCAGACAGGUAAUCAUGUCGCAUAUCACUCAAGUGAUGAAAAUGACCGUGAAAAGGCUAAGGCGUCUUCAAAAAGGGGGUCAGCCGACAGUUUAGACUAUGCGUACGAUGACGUUGAAAAACAGACAGAAUAUGAUGAUGAUGAUGAUGAUGAUGAUGAUGAUGAUGAUGAUGAUGAUGAUGAUGAUGAUGAUGGUGAUGCUGACGAAGAAGCAAGUGAUGCGGCGGAGGACAUUGAUGGAAUCGGCGACAAUUGGAUGGACGUUGACGACCAUGACGAUGAACUGGGAGAUGAAGAAAUCGACGGUUCUGAGGCGUAUGAUUCUGACCCAGAAAACGUAGGGAAAAAGGAUCAAAGUAAGGCGAAGAAGAAAGAGCCUGCAGGUAUAACAAAAGACCGCUUCUUCAAAAUGGAAGACAUGGAACAGUUCGCUGAAGGCAAUUUCGAUGAUGAAGCAGACGAUUUUAAUUACUUCGAAUCCAUGGGUGAAGAAUCGGAUACCUCCAAGGCUGCCGUAGAAAUGAUGUAUGGGGACUUCUUCGACGAUCCGGACGCAAGUGACGAGGGGAGCGACACGGAUGACGAAAACGACGCUUUAGACUGUCCUAGGGGGUUGGAGGGACUAGAUGAAGAUGAAAAGGAAAUGGAGUUGCUCCUGCAGAAGGUGGAAGAUGAGGAAGAAAGUGACGAAGAGGAAGAGAAUAGGGACGACGACGACUUGAUGGAUUUUGACUUUAAUAAAACAGAGAAGCGGGUUAGGUUUGAAGACGAGAGUAGUGAGGAUGAGAAUGAUGAAAUAUCGCAGUUAGAAAAGGAGCUUGUUGCGCAGAAGCACUGGAGCCUAAUGGGGGAGGCUACAGGACACAAGAGACCAAGAAACAGCCUGCUCGAUCUAGAUCUUGAACUACCACAGAAUUCGUCAUUUAUACACGUUGAAAAUGUCGUUGCGGAUGGGGAUGACGUACAUGAUGAAGAAAAAAUGGGUCCCGAAGAAGCCCAAGACGUACCCAUCGAAAUUAUCAUACAGCAACGAAUUAAAGCGGAGGUAUUCGACAACGUCGAGCGUAAGAUACCCAUGGAAGAUCAGCUAGAAGCCAUUGAACGUCUGAAACAAACGCGCAACAAAAUGAAUCGUGAGGAAACCGAAAUUGACUUCAAUAAGAGCAAGAUGGGCCUGGGAGACGUCUACGCGAAACGGUAUCAAGAGAUGUUCAUGGCGACGGACCAACUCGACACGCACAAGCAAAAACUCACUGAAGAGUUUGGAAAACUAAUGUUCAAGUUGGAUUCGCUCUGUAACUACAGCAUAGUGCCUAAGAGAGUCAGCGAAGCAGAAAAGGACAACAAAGUCGCCUCCAUUACAGUGGAGGCGCCGAUCAACGUCGUUACAUCCAGCCGUCCAGAUGACUCGGUGGAUGACAAGAUAGAAGGGCAUAAAUUAACGAGGAACGCUAAGAAAAGGAAGUUCACCAACAAACUCAAGGCGCUGCUAAAAAGCGGAAAGGCGACCGUCGAGGAUGUCAACAAAAUCAAACAAAAGAUCGUGGAGCGGAACAGACAGAAAAUACAAGACGCAAAAUCAAUUAAGGUUACCGGGCAGACGAAGGGCCAGCUAUCACGGGAAAAACGGUCCAACCGCAGAGUCAACAUCGCAGAGCUCAUGUCAAAACGGUAG